AUGACAGCAGAGAGCACACCAGCCUCAAAUGUUUUCUAUGACCCACUGCUACCUUUGAACCUUCCUCCACAGCCUCCAAUGUUUAGGGGGUUGAUUCAGCCGUUGCCGCACAGAUACAACUUAAGACCCAGAAUUGAAUCUUUGCUUAAUGGGGUGGAUGAGAGAGGGGCAAGUGGAGGUGUGUAUCAAGGUGGGAAUGGGAGGCAUGUUGACAGUGGAGUUUUUAAUUUCUCUGGGGACAUGAAAGGGAAGGAUGGCAAGGAUAUAAAACACUUCACUACUGAGAGGCAAAGGAGAGAAAACUUGAAUGACAAGUACAAGGCCUUGAGAAAUUUGCUUCCCAACCCCACCAAGCAUACCAAGAAUGAUAGAGCAUCAAUAGUGGGAGAUGCUAUAGAAUAUAUCAAAGAGCUUCUUAGAACAGCUAAUGAACUUAAGAUUCUGGUGGACAAGUGA